AUGGGGCCCCCUCCACCCAAGGCCAGGGGACUCUGGAUCCAACUCCAGAAACUUGUGACCUCCUGGCUGGUGGGACAGCAAGACUGGGACCAGCAUCUGGACGAGGCCUACAUGCUGCAGCAGAAGAGGAUUCGAGAGUCUCCUCUGCUUCGGGCAGCCAAGGACAAUGACCUGUGUGUCCUGAAGAAACUUCUGCUGGACCGAACCUGUGACUUCCGGCAACGAGGCGCCCUGGGGGAGACGGCGCUGCACGUGGCGGCCCUCUAUGACAACCUGGAGGCCGCCAUCGUGCUGAUGGAGGCCGCCCCGGAGCUGGUCAAGGAGCCCACCAUCUGUGAGCCGUUUGUAGGUCAGACGGCACUGCACAUAGCCGUCAUGAACCAGAACGUGAACUUGGUGAAAGCCCUGCUCGCCCACGGGGCCAGUGUCUCUGCAAGGGCGGUAGGCUCAGCCUUCUGCCUCAGUCCCCACAACCUCCUCUACUUUGGGGAGCACCCUCUGUCCUUUGCGGCCUGCAUGGGCAGCGAGGAGAUCGUGAGGCUGCUCAUCGAGCACGGCGCUGACAUCCGGGCCCAGGACUCCCUGGGAAACACAGUGUUGCACAUCCUCGUCCUCCAGCCCAACAAAACCUUUGCCUGCCAGAUGUACAACCUGCUGCUGUCCUACGAUGGGCGCGGGGACCACCUGCAGUCCCUGGACCUCGUGCCCAAUCACCAGGGCCUCACCCCCUUCAAGCUGGCUGGAGUGGAGGGUAACACCACGAUGUUCCAGCACCUGAUGCAGAAGCGGAAGCACAUCCAGUGGAUGUGCGGGCCGCUGACCUCCACUCUCUACGACCUCACGGAGAUCGACUCCUGGGGAGAGGACGUGUCAUUUCUAGAGCUUGUGGUCUCCUCCAAGAAGCGAGAGGCUCGCCAGAUCCUGGAACAGACCCCAGUGAAACAGCUGGUGAGCUUCAAGUGGAGGAAGUAUGGGCGGCCAUACUUCUGCAUCCUGGGGGCCUUGUACGUGCUCUAUAUGAUCUGCUUCACCAUGUGCUGCAUCCAUCGCCCUCUCAAGUCCCGGAGUGACAACCGCACAAACUCCCGAGACAUCACCAUCCUCCAGCAGAAGCUGCUUCAGGAGGCCUAUGUGACUCAGCAGGAUAAAAUCCGGCUGGUGGGGGAGCUGAUGACCGUCUUCGGGGCUGUGAUCAUCCUCUUCCUAGAGAUCCCAGAUAUCUUCAGGGUUGGUUUCUCGCGCUAUUUUGGACAGACUGUCCUCGGGGGGCCGUUCCAUGUCAUCACCAUCACCUAUGCCUUGCUGGUGCUGGUGACCAUGGUGAUGCGGCUUUCCAACACCAACGGGGAGGUGGUGCCUAUGUCCUUCGCCCUGGUGCUGGGCUGGUGCAGUGUUAUGUACUUUGCCCGAGGAUUCCAGAUGCUGGGUCCCUUCACCAUCAUGAUUCAGAAGAUGAUUUUUGGAGACCUGUUGCGUUUCUGCUGGCUGAUGGCUGUGGUUAUUGUGGGAUUUGCCUCAGCGUUCUUUAUCAUUUUCCAGACAGAGGACCCAUCCAACCUGGGGCAAUUCUAUGACUACCCCAUGGCGCUGUUCAGCACCUUUGAGCUUUUCCUCACCAUCAUCGACGGGCCUGCCAACUACGACGUGAACUUGCCCUACAUGUUCAGUGUCGUCUACUUUGCCUUCGCCAUCAUCGCCACACUGCUUAUGCUCAACCUGUUCAUUGCCAUGAUGGGCGACACACACUGGCGGGUGGCCCAUGAACAGGACGAGCUCUGGAGGGCCCAGGUCGUGGCCACCACGGUGAUGCUGGAGAGGAAGAUGCCUCGCACCCUGUGGCCUCGCUCUGGCAUCUGUGGGUACAAGUACGGGCUGGGGGACUGCUGGUUCCUGCGAGUUGAGACCAACCAAGAUCAGAAUGCUUUGCGAGUACGUCGCUAUGUGGAAGCUUUCAAGGGCUCAGACAAGGAGGAAGAACAUGAACAUCUUUCUGAGAAACAGCCCUCUGUGGUUGAAAGUGGGAUUCUAGCCAGAGCCUCCCUGGCCCUCCCGACGCCCUCCCUGUCCCGGACCACAUCUCGAAGCAGCAGCAGUCACCGAGGCUGGGAGAUCAUUCGUCGCAACACCCUGGGACACUUGAAUCUUGGACUGGACCUUGGGGAGGGGGAUGGAGAGGAAAGUGUCUAUCACAUAUGA